GCCAUACACUUUGUUUUUCGUCACGGUGUGUGGAUUAGAGGAAGAUAUAUGGUACAUGUAUACGGGAUGAAGAUGAAAUCGACGCAAGGGAUUUUCAGAUGGACCUUCAUUGCAAUCUUAUAUCUUACUGAAACAUACGGAUACACUGUUACAUAUGAAUUUGGAAAGGACUGUUCCGUAUUCUUGGAGGAUCUGGACGAAAAUCGUCAAGUUUAUGUUGAGUACAAUGGGGGUGACGUUGGUAUCUUCUGCAAUGACAUAUCGUUUGAUGGAAAAGGAGACGAAAUAAUGGAUGAAUAUGAAUUGUGUGUUACACCUCAGUACUUUAAGGAUCCGGACUGUGCCGUAGAAUUAGAAUAUAAAUCAAGUGUUACUGGCGGCACCUUACGGAGUGUAACUUGUACCUCAAAUUACAACGAGAAAUUCUGUGGUGCUCCUGAGAAAUAUAUGUUCAUAUAUUUUAAGGAACGUAACGGAAAAGACACAUCAAGUGCCAGAUUUAAGCUACUCGUCACAGCCAAUAAGGUUUUUGAUUAUGGAAGUACCGUUGGAGCUAUCGCGGGAGGUGUGAUCGGGGGCAUUGUUUUCAUCACCUUGGUGACAGGGGUGGUGUGUUUCUUUGUGUGCAGGAAAAAGCCCACGCAAGGACGGGUGUUAAGCCCGAGUCAAACAGUUCAAACUCCAAUGCUAAACCAACAAGCAUAUCCAUAUACACCAACCAAUUAUCAACAGCCUUCCAUGAAUGCAAAUCCCUAUCCGACAGCGAAUUAUUCAACACCAUAUUCAGCGGGAUACAAUAUGCAAUCCCAACCUCAACAAGGGCAGCGAGAACAAGAACAGCCGGAUGUUGGAGAACAGGGAAAUAUUGAAGCUGCAGCCCCGCCUCCUAGUUAUGAUGAUGUGAUGAAAUAAAUUCAUUCUCUGUGUUGAAUUAAAGUUUAUUUUCAAUUCUAUCGGAUAUGUGUAAUGUGGACAUGUUUGCUACUUGUAUCCAAUUGAAAUUGUUACAGUUUUGCUUUGUUUUGGGGGUAUUUUUUGGGGGAGGGGGUGUAUAUCAUUAUGAGGUUUUAAUCCGUGUUGUAUGUUUUGGAGUGGAUUUCCUUUAAUUUACAUAUUCAUGAAGUUCAGUCUAGUGUUUUAUACUGUUUCAUGGAGUUUUAACGUCCUCCCUAUUUUUUCCAAUUUAUUAUUUCCAUAUUUUACACACAUGUACAUGACAUAUUGUUUCAUUUCAAUCACAAUAUCUUUUAUGAAUCCCAUCAAUGACUAGUAUUAUAUUGUACUUCCUAUAUUGGUGCUUCUUAGAAAUACCAUGUAUUCAAUAUUUUAGAUAAUUUUAAUAUGUACCAUUCCUCUAAUAUAUUUCAUGCAAGUUACAUGUAAGCCAUUAAUGCAUAUGUAUACAUUGUAUAUUAUUGUUGAUCCGUACCUACAUAUAUAAGACUAUAGCUCUGGUUCUAAAGAUGCGCUUAACAUAUUACUAUUUAAAACCAAUAUUGAAUGAAGUCCAUUUCUUGAGCAAUGAUAUUGUCUUAAUUUCAAAGCUCUGUUGCUAUUUAUUUAAAACAGUGCGACAUUUAACUCUGGACACGACAAAAGUCCAGAGUUUCGCCAACCCUUUUAUUAAGGAUACAAAUAAACCCUUUACAAAAAAAGAUGGGAUUUUAUGUCCACAAGACAUGCACCAACAUUUACAAUUGUAACUAUUGUAGUUUUUAAGAUAUUUCACCUGAAAUCAAAAAAUCCCAUGGGAUUUUGGAGGGAUUUUUAAUCCCACUUGGGGGAUUUUCACUCCCACCAAAAAUCUCAUGGGAGAAAAAUAUAAUUUCUCCCAUAGGAUUUUUACUCCCAUUUUUAAAUUCAAAAUGGGAUACAAUGUCCCAUAGGAGGAAAUGUCCCAUAAUGAACAUGAAAUGGCAGUGAAUAUCCUAUUUGAGCAUGAAUGGGAAUAAAUAUCCCAAAUAAAACACAGGAUGGGGACUUUUAUCCCAUGAAUAUAGUAAUAAAGCAGAAAAUUGUAUCUUAAAGAGUGUUGUUUGUCAUGAUUCUUAAGAAUGUACCUGCAAGCUAAGGAAUGACAUUAACUUUAUAUCUAGUAAUUACACUCCUAAAUUAUGUAGACCUAUGUACAUGUGUUAAUGGAUAAAUGUCUAAACAACAUGAGAAAUUAAAUUAUAUUAGAGCUCUGCAUUACUAAACUCUUUCCCAUGCAAUUUUAAUUGUAUACAUAUAACCCUAUCACAAAAACAUUAGAAUAAAAUUGAACGGUAUUAAAUUAUGCAGUUAGAACACUAACUUAUUUACAUGCAGCUGUUCACAUUCACUAUUUACAACCCUUUACAGGUCGUCAGGUGUGAAUAUUCACAGGAACCGGUAUUUUUGUCUGUAAUAAUAAUAGUAGGCCCUAUGGUACCAUCCCCAAUGAAAAAAAUAACCCCAAAGGAAUGGCACCAUUUCUUACUCAAAACUUCGCUUCAAAAUAAUUCGAAAAUUCUGCUUUUAUCGUCCCCACCCCAAUUGUCAUUCUGAUUCAGUAAUCCCAGUGCUUUUAUUAGGGGUGUGUGGUAUAUACCCCUACUCUUAUCAUUAUGUAUAGGCUAAAUUACCGGUUCCUCUGAUAUGUUGUGGAAUUUUGGAAUAGCCUAGCUUACAGUUACAAUUUGUUUACAAUAUAUUAAAAUUAGUGUUAAUUAAGUGCUUACGGUGAAAUCUGCUACUGCUAGAUGAUGCUAAGUUGUUUCGUGAACCGAAUCAGACAUCUCCAACAAGAUUCUCGAAGAUUUAACAACACAAGAAUCAUUUUACAAAAUGCAUGCUUCGGUCCAUCAUUCUCCCUCUGACAAUCACAUUCAUUCUGAAGUCAAAGUACUUUCUCCUAUACCUUAAGCGUCAAAAAGACUUUGACAGGUAAAUACGAAUAAACGGUUAACAGACAUCUCGACCCUAAGAAAGUUCAGUCCUGGAUGUUCUAGUCCAAAAAGAAGUAUGACCCAAUCUUAUGCAUUAAUUUAUUAAAUUUCCGGUUGAGCAACACCCAAAUCCUCUAGAGACAUUGUUUACAGUUAUAUGACAUUACCUAAAUGUGUGACACAAUAUCAAUCCACCCCUGCUCAAAGGGGCAUAAGCACCGAGCAUAGACCUAAAUGUUGCAGCCCUUCACUGGCAAUGGUGACGUCUCCAUACAAGUGAAAAAUUCUCAAGCAGGACGUUUACGUUUUUGUUUUGUUUUUUUAAAUUUUGUUUUCAUUUUUUUUAAAUGUUAAACAUGAAAAGUAUAACUGAAUCUGUGUUCACAGCCAAAAUUUUAACCUUCUGGAUGCAGGAAUAAAAUUUUAGCCUUCAUUCUGUGUCAUGUAAACAAAGACUGGAGUCUUUUUAUGUUUACAUUUAAGGUGGCUCACUACACCGGGAAAUAGUUUCUCAAAUCAGUACAAAUUGAUUUAAUAUUUUAAAAAAGAUCUGAUGAUAUACAAUAAGUGUGUAUGCCAAAAACAGCAAAAAAUGCAAAUUUGGAUAAAAACAUGAUUUUCAAAAAUAUUAUUUCAACACAUGAACAAAAGACUGGUGGAUUUGAGCUCAAGAUCUGUAGUUCACCAGCCCAAUGCUCUCUCUCUCUCUCUCUCUCUCUCUCUCUCUCUCUCUCUCUUGCCCAAUGCUUUAUUAAUUAACCACUUAGCUAUGGUGUUAUAGACGAAUAAAUCGAUCAAUACAAAUACUUUCCCAAAACAUUUAAAUCGUCAUCUUGUAACAUAGUAUCAUAAAGCUUUAGUGUAGUGAGUACCUUAACAAACCAGUGAAAUGUUUAAUUUUGUAAUUGAAUUUUCAAUGCAUCUUUACUUUUGCACAUGCAAUUUUACAAAGAUUAUUCAAUAAAGGGUAAAAAAAAAAAAAAA